UGCCCUCCACGUGGACGUCUUCAGCAUGUACUGCCUCAGUCAUGUCCUCCGACUUCUGCCUUACCUGUUGCUGGCUUAUUAUUGGAACGAAGCGUCAUGCUCUCCCGGUGAAGGAAAGAAGGUAUGGCAUCAGACGGACUCUUCUGAUCUAGAUCAAUAUUUUCUCCACGGAGCAUUUCCAACUGGAUUUCUGUGGGGCUCUGGCACAUCAGCUUUCCAAACUGAAGGGUCCAGCGAUGAGCUUAGAGAAGGUGCAUCCAUCUGGGACCACUUCACCAAGACACCAGUCAGUGGGAGCGACAGCUACACCUAUUGGGAGAAGGAUGUGGAAGCGCUUGAGUUUUUGGGUGCAAAUGCCUACACCUUCUCCCUCUCCUGGUCAAGACUCUUUCCUUACGGAGAUUCAAAAGAUCCCCCCAAUGUGGAGGCUGUGGAGCACUACAAACAUCUCAUCGAUCGACUUUUGGAGAGGAACAUCGAGCCCAUUGUGACGCUCCAUCACUGGGAUCUGCCGCAAGUUCUGCAGGAGAAGUAUGGCGGCUGGAGGAAUGAAACCAUGGUGCAGUUGUUCACCGAUUACGCCUCCUUUUGUUUCCACUCAUUCGGAAGUCGAGUCAAAUACUGGUUGACCAUGCAUAACCCCUACCUGGUGGCUACUCAGGGGUAUGGCACUGGUGCACAUGCUCCUGGAGAAACAGGCUCAGCUCUUAUUGCAGCCCAUCAUAUGAUCAAGGCUCACGCUUCAGCUUGGCAUAUCUACGAUACAAACUUCCGCUCUGUCCAAAAGGGGCAUGUGUCCAUUGUGUUGGGGUCCCACUGGGUGGAGCCACAGAAAGGCAGGACAAACGAUGCUAAUGUUGACUUGUGUCAGCACUCUAUGGAGGCCGUUCUGGGCUGGUUUGCCAGCCCUAUUUUCCAGGAUGGAGAUUAUCCAGACUCUCUGAAGGCCACUCAUGGGAGGCUUCUCCCUGAGUUCUCCACAGAGGAGAAGCUCUUCGCCAGGAAGACAGCUGACUUUUUUGCGCUGUCCUUUGGUCCAAAUAACUUCAGACUUGGCAAAGACAUUGUAAACUACGAACAGAGUGUGACGCCGGAUUUGAGACGCGUCCUGGCCUGGAUUAAAAUGGAGUACGAAGACCCCAAAGUGCUAAUAGCUGAAGGAGGCUGGUUCACUGACGCCAGCGUGAAGACAGAGGACACAGUGGCGAUUUACCUGAUGAAGAAGUUCAUCAACCAGGUGCUACAAGCCGUCACACUGGAGAGGGUGAACGUUUUCGGCUACACUCAGUGGUCACUGGUGGAUGGCUUGGAGUGGAAUUAUGGCUUCAGUGCCAGACGAGGUCUUUUCUUUGUAGACUUCAAUCAAGCAAACAAGACCAGAACUCCAAAAACCUCAGCUCAGUACUACAGGAGUGUGAUUCUUGACAAUGGCUUUCCCCAGCCUGAACACCUCACAGAGGUCAAGGGUUGCUUCCCCUGUGGGUUUCACUGGGGCAUCGCUGAUUCCACCUUGACGGUCCACUUCUUCCCCUUCUCACCACAGUUUACAGACCCACAUGUGUAUAGCUGGAACCUGACCGGGGACGGCUCUCUGCGUCCUGUGCCGGGAGUAAAGCUGAGCACCCACCGCGCCCAGUGCACAGACUACUUAGCAAUUCGCAGUCACCUUCGCCUGUUUGCAUCCACCGGCGCGUCUCAUUACCGCUUUGCCCUGAACUGGUCUCUGAUAUUACCAAAUGGAGAUCUCUCCAGUGUCAACAGAGAGGCUUUAAGAUAUUAUCGCUGUGUCCUCACCGAACUGAAGAAGCUGGGUCUGGAAGCUGUUGUUAUCCUCUACUACCCCAGUAACAGAGCUCCCAACUUGGGCUUGCCGGGUCGGCUACAUGCCUCAGGUGGUUGGCUCAAUAGUAGCACCGUGGAAGCUUUUACAGCGUAUGCAGCCCUGUGUUACUGGGAGCUUGGCUCUUGGGUUCGGUACUGGAUCACGGUCAAUGAGCCGAACAGACUGCUGGAUCUGUAUUCCAGUGAAAGGGAGAAGCAUCUGGUUGCUCACAACCUUCUACUGGCCCAUGCGAAAGCCUGGAGGCUUCAUGAGAAAGAGCACUACUAUCAACAGGGAACAAUGGUGUCGCUGGCUCUGCAUGCAGACUGGGCAGAGCCUGCAAACCCUUUUCUGGAGUCACACAAAACAGCCACACAAAGAUUCCUUCUAUUUGAACUGGGUCGCUUCCUUGAUCCAUUACUGGGAGCAAGAUGUGAGCAGGCACAAAGCAGAGGAGAUUAUCCAAAGGAAGUAAAGGAAUACAUGGAAACAAGAGCUAAAAAAUUGGGUCUCCCCGAGUCGUAUCUUCCAUCUUUCACCGACACAGAGAGGGAGGAACUCAGAGGCGCGCUGAGCUUUAUCGCUCUCAACCACUUCACCACACGUUUGGUGUCUCCUGUUCCGCAAGCAUCGGCCAAGACAAAACAGCUCACCAACCAUGGCUGUUUAACCCUGUCAGAUCCAACCUGGUUCACCUCCAACAUGGGACAGGCCCUCGUGCCGUGGGGUCUGAGAAGAAUUCUGAAAUGGGUGGCAGAGCGAUACGGCAAGGCCACUCCUGUUAUAAUAACAGCGAGUGGGAUAGAUGAUCAGGCUGUGCAGGAGGAUACAGUCAGGCAACACUACGUCAAAAGUUACCUUCAGGAGGCCCUCAAAGCCAAGCAUACGGAUGGAGUCAAUCUGCAAGGUUUCUAUAUGUGGAAGCUCCAAGAUGGACCCACCUCCCAGUUUGGCUUCUUCACCUCAGACCACCAACAAUCCAAACCCAAACAAUCAGUCACAGUUUACAGAGACAUUAUAGCACAGGGUGGGUUCCCAACUGACAUCAAACUUCAAACAUGUGGAACCAGGGCACCCCAAAAGAUCUGCCCCACUUGCGAAUGGCUGAAGAAGAAUAAACUCCUUCUUGUUGGCAUCGUUUUGCUACUAUCAACAGCACUUAGUAUGUUUGUCAUCAUCUCCAGUGCAUGCCAAAAAAGAAGCAGGGGGAAUACUAGCAGGAGAAAGGGACAAGACAGAGAUGCAAUGUUUUCAUGUUUAUCUGUUGUCAAACACAUGCCCAAAGAGAGAUCACCUCUUUAAACACUGGACCCAGGCACAUGCAUUGUUGAAUCCCUAGUGAUGCUCGAGCACCAGCCUAUUUUCCCUCCCUGUCUGAGAAAAGUGCCCUUUCUGGAUCCCUUUUUUCUUCAUUUUUAAGUAAAGUUUCACCCUAGUUUUUGGUAUCUGAUGGGACUUUAUUUCAGUUUGCGUGAGGACAAAUUUGUUUCCACUCCUCUUCAUCAAAUUUUAGACUGUGUUUACUGGCAAGUUCAAAUGAACCACCCUAACAACAAUAUUUUUUG